AUGGCUAAUGGAGGAUCCGGCACUGAGUUCAUGCUCUUCGGCUUCGCCUUCGCAGGAUGCGUGGCGGUCAUCGUGAUGCAUGUGAUGACGAACUGGCCACUUGUCAAGGGCAACCGGACGGCCGCUGCCUCGACGCACCAGGGCUCCUAG